UGCUAGGGUUUCCCUGUCACCUUCCUCCCUCCCUUGCAGGUAACUCUGCUCUCUCUCUCUCUCUCUCUCUCCCCCACACAGGAACGUAGCUGCAGAGGUAGUAGAACAGUUGUUGCGAUGCGAAGGCUCACCGCAUUGUGUAAUGUCUGCUAUUUUUGACGUGAUCUGCUGAUAAUCGUGCAUCUGCAGCUCCUGUAGUUGUCGGAGUAUGCGCACACACAGUCAUUCACAUUGAUGAGCCCGUCGAUUGUUUCCGUAAGAGAUCAUGUCUACGCCCUUUUCGUGCAGGGUUUUGUGCGCGCGCCUGUUGUUUGUGCGGUUUUCUUUUUUCCGACAGAAAUCCAGUUUUGCGGGUCAGAAUCUCGUUUCCGAGACUACAUUCUUUGUUUCGCGUCCAACUGUUCUGGAUUGUUUUCCUUAACGCAGUUCGAAUUUUUCUCCUUUUCCCCCUUCAUCGGUCCUUCAUAUUGUGCUGAUGACGUAGCAGUUGCCCGUCACUCGGUUUUGUUCCGAUGAGCUCUUGGGUUGCUCAUUGUCCUUCAAAGCCAUUUAGAGUUAGUUCUAAAGUGGCAUAACCGAAUCUGUAAAAACGCACAUGGUGUUGUUAUAUUCAUUUCAUCAGGUUCUUCUGUCAAAAGUGUAGGCAAUAUUGCUGAUGAUUAUCUAAGUUUAUGCUCUGUGUUUGACAGGGAUAAUGGCACAGGUUUAUGUUGGUAACCUGGAUUCUAAUGUUACCGAAGUUGAUCUCGAGGAUGCAUUCAGCGCAUUUGGAAUUAUAACAAGUGUAUGGGUUCCACGAAGACCAUCAAGAUAUGCUUUUAUUAAUUUUUAUGACCAUUUGGGGGCACAAGCUGCAAUCAGUGAGCUAAAUGGUAAAGAUGGGUGGAGAGUUGAGCUCUCUCAUAACUCUAGUGGUGGACGUGGUGGUCGAUCUGGCGGUUCUGAUUUCCAGUGUUAUGAAUGUGGCGAGCCUGGACACUUUGCUCGGGAGUGUCGCCUGCGUGUGGGUUCACAAGGAUGUCAAAGUCACACUCCAAGAUCCAGCAGGAGCACAAGCAAUGGUCAAAGGUCUUUCACUAUGGCCUCUCCUCGAAGAUCUCUGACCCCUACCUGCUGGAGAGCCACACAAAUGGAUCCCGAAGAACAAAAUAACCGGAUUGUUGAACUCGAGAAUCAGCUGAGUGAACUCAAGAAUCAGAUGAGUGAUCUCAAGAACCUGGUGGCACAGCAAAUUCAUUGUUUUGACCAGAUCAAAGAACUUUCGCUUCCUUCGCCACAAGCCAAAGUGACAGCUUCUGCAUCAGCUCCCAAAGAACUCGACGUUGGCUCUAAUGGUAGAGCGGUCUUGAAAGACGGCCCAUCCAAUGCUCCAGAUUUGGAGGAGUUAAAUCCAGUAAUUCCCAUGAUAGUGGCGCGAAGGGAAGAAGAGACGAUUAAGAGGUUAGCCAAGGUGGUGAGGCUGUCAGAGAGGACUAAGCAAGCGAGGCUGUUAGAGAGGAGUAAGCGGAGAGCCAAGUUAGGCGAAAAACUCAGGCUAUUGGAACGACUGGAGGUGCUGGGAACCGAAGACCUUUCGUACUACACUGAAUUUAAAGUACCAGAGACAUUUGAGAUGCCUGAGUUUAACAGGUACGACGGUUUCGGGAAUCCAAUAGUUCAUCUCAACCAUUUUAUGAUGAAGAUGGCAAGCUAUGCCGAGAAUGCGCCACUUAUGAUUCGAGCUUUCGAAGAAAGCUUGACGGGACCAGCGCUGCAAUGGUUUUACUGUCGCAAGAUUCAUAUGCUGGAUACAUGGGAGGAGGUGUCGGACGCCUUUCUGCAACUCUAUGAGUUUAACCUGGUGUUUACCCCCACCCGCGACGUCUUGGCGCGAGCAGAAAUGAAGAGGGGUGAAUCAUUUGGAGCCUAUGCACGAAGGUGGCAUAGCUUAGCAGCAGAAGUAUUGCCGGCUUUGUCAGAUGAAGAGAUGGUAAAGCUUUUUCUGAGAACUCUGCCUUCGGAAUAUCGCUCCCGGAUGAUAGGGUCAUUCUGUGGUACCUUUUCAAACCUAGUGAUGGUGGGAGACGAAGUUGAAGGAGCGAUCCGGGAUGGUCAAUUGGCUGCUUGAGCGGGGGUAGCUGGGCAAAGCAGCUCCGGUUGUAACUGCACUUUCAACUAAUGGCUCCAACUCAAGACGGAGCACACACCGGCAAUUGCUCUCUUCCUCUCAAUAAUUCCUCUCCCUUGAACUUUUGUAUGUUGCUGCACAUAGCCCUUAAGUAGUGCAAAUUAAAAUCUUUUUACGCGUCUCUUUUGUUUGUGAUAAUCACGAACUCUGUUUUCUCAA